CAGCAGAGAAACUGAUACCGUUGCUCUGGGGUGGGAAAGGCCAGCAGUCUGUGCGAGAGAACAAUGUCUGUUCGGGAGUCUUUUAACCCAGAAAGUUAUGAACUGGACACUAGCUUCCGUCUGACCCGAUUCACUGAACUGAAAGGCACAGGCUGCAAAGUGCCUCAGGAUGUCUUACAGAAACUGCUUGAAUCUCUACAAGAAAACCAUUUUCAGGAGGAUGAACAGUUCCUGGGGGCAGUUAUGCCCAGGCUGGGAAUUGGGAUGGACACUUGCGUUAUUCCAUUAAGACAUGGAGGUUUGUCGUUGGUCCAGACGACAGAUUAUAUUUAUCCUAUUGUGGAUGAUCCUUAUAUGAUGGGACGGAUAGCAUGUGCCAAUGUCCUAAGUGACCUUUAUGCCAUGGGGGUCACAGAAUGUGACAACAUGUUGAUGCUCCUUGGAAUCAGCAAUAAAAUGACAGAUAGGGAAAGAGACAAAGUGAUGCCUCUAAUUAUCCAGGGUUUCAAAGAUGCAGCAGAAGAGGCAGGAACAUCUGUUACUGGUGGCCAAACAGUGUUAAAUCCCUGGAUUGUUUUAGGAGGAGUGGCCACGACAGUCUGUCAGCCUAAUGAAUUUAUAAUGCCAGACAAUGCAGUGCCAGGAGAUGUGCUUGUAUUAACUAAACCCUUGGGAACACAAGUGGCUGUAGCUGUCCACCAGUGGCUAGAUAUUCCAGAAAAGUGGAAUAAAAUCAAACUAGUGGUAACGCAAGAAGAUGUAGAACUAGCAUACCAGGAGGCAAUGAUGAAUAUGGCACGACUGAACAGAACAGCUGCUGGACUCAUGCACACUUUCAACGCACAUGCAGCUACAGACAUCACAGGAUUUGGAAUCCUGGGGCAUGCACAAAACCUUGCCAAGCAGCAGCGCAAUGAGGUGUCCUUUGUUAUUCAUAACCUUCCUGUUCUUGCUAAGAUGGCUGCUGUCAGUAAGGCUUGCGGCAAUAUGUUUGGCCUCAUGCACGGGACUUGUCCAGAGACUUCAGGAGGCCUCCUCAUCUGUUUACCACGAGAACAGGCAGCGCGUUUUUGUGCCGAGAUCAAGUCCCCAAAAUACGGCGAAGGUCACCAAGCAUGGAUUAUCGGCAUAGUAGAGAAAGGCAACCGCACGGCCAGAAUUAUAGACAAACCUCGAAUCAUUGAAGUCGCACCACAGGUGGCCACUCAGAACGUGAACCCGACGCCCGGUGCCACCUCUUAAUGUAGAUGAAAUAGCUGUUUGUUUUUAAAUAGAUCUAUUCCUUUAUCAUCCUACAAUUUAAAGAACUGUAAAAAGAAAAGAAAACUUGUUGUGUCUGCACAUCUGGUGGCCUUAGGUCAGUUUAUGAGUGGAUACAAUUAAUAAAAUAAAAUCCAUUGCCUUUU